GCACUCCACUGCCUUUUCGGCUUAUAAUCUUUACCUUUCAAAAACUUAUCAAGAUUACCACAAUUACUACUCUUACUUUCAUUGUACAGCCAUAGCUUCUGUUAGCCAUUUGUUUUGUCCCUUUCACAAUUUUCACUAUACUUUAACUUUUGCAAUGUUUUCCUUGGACUUACGCACUUCUUUUACUUCACUUACCUUGUUUUUUACAAUGUACAAUCCUCAAUUUUUUGCAAAAAUGGCUCUACAUUCUUUAAUCACUUGCUUCAGCAUCGCUGAAUCGCCUAUCUUCCUUUUACAUUCAAUACACUUCAUUGCCAAAUGCCUCACUUCUCUCUGCAAAUCUAAAAUAAAAUUUUCCGGCUUACGUUUAUAAGUGGAACACAAGGACUCAAUAUUUUGAGUAUGGACAUUCUUAUUUUCUGGAUUAAAAUUAUUGUUUGAAUGUUUUCAGUGUAACAAGAGUACUUUUGAGGAAAUUUGGGAAUAGAUUUGGAUGCCUUCCAAAGAUCGGUAUAUAUUAUCGACUCUGACGAUUUAAUUUUUGAACCAUUGGAAUAAAAUUUUCGGUUGAUUUUUGUCCUUAAAUAACUUCUAAAA